GAUGGUAUUUUUAGAAAAAAGUCAUAUUUUCACAUUUAUGAUUACUUUUCCCAUCUUAUUACCGAUUAAUACAAUUCGUAUGUUCUAAGCGUUUACAGAAAUAUAGCAGGUUUACAUAGAUUUACAUAUGGUUUGAGUAUGACACUAUGUGUUGAUGGUCAUGGACUGGUGCACUUAAAUCGGAGAUACAUUUAUACUGCGUCAUAGGUGAAUGUAAAGGGGCCUGUGAUGAUAAAUGAAUGCGUUUUGCCCUCAGGAUUCUUACCACAGUGCACUUCAUUCCUCGUUAAUGAUACUGUUUCAAAGAGAUCAACAUGACACAGUCGUCGUUCACUCUUUUGGAUGGAAGUGCAUUUUCUGAAACCGACUUUUCCCAUAAAUUAGCAAGGGUGAACAGCUUUCGGAAAUUUCCGGAUGAGUAUUACACAAUUUUUCUGACGAAACUUGUGAACACAGGGUUUUAUUAUACACUGCGUGGAGAUUUAGUACAAUGCUUCUCGUGUGGAAUUGAGUUACACGUGACAGAACUCACUGAUCUUGACAAUGUUGGUUUGAUACACAAAGAACAGUCUCCUGGAUGUGUGUUCAUUUCAGAUUUUGUCAAAAACCAAAAUUACAGUAUUGCUGGUAUUACUUCUGGUGCAGAAUUCCCAAAUUAUCUAUUUGGGAAUAAUAGAGUUAAAAGUUUGUUAAGACAUGGAAUUGAUCAGUCUUUGGCAAUGGAUCUGGCAAGAAACGGAUUCUUCUCUGAAGGAACAAAAAGCAAAGUGCGAUGUUUUCACUGCGGGAAAGAAGUACACCUGCACAAAAACCAUUUGCGUAUGAACAAAGAACAUGCAGAGAAAUCGCCUAACUGCACUUUCCUACGAAAAAAGCAGGAGUCUUCAUUAACGGAGUGGCAAUUCGACAGUGCUGUGGAAAAUCCAAUUGGUGAAAUAU